CUUUGCCCCGCGAACAGUCGUACAGAGUCUGGCUCAGGCGAUGCUCGUGCACCUCUGUCCACCUUAGCAAUCUGCUUAGCUAGGCGCACAAAACACUCUUCGAGCGCGCUUGCAGUCGCCGCUGCUGCUCUCCACGAAUACGUACACACCCACACUCUAACAAAAUAUAUAACAGUGCGUGUGUACAGAUAAACUUUCGGUGAUACGUGUGCGCGUGUGCUCCUUGGUGACUGUUUUGUGGCGGCGCGGUGUGGGGCUCAGCGAGCUCGUUCCAAAUCUGUACGGAGAAGGGGAUAAUGCUGAGGACGCAAUGGACAGAGAACAUCGGGACGAGAGGGAGCAAGAAAAUUAUAUGGAAAGCGAUGUAGAAGGAAAGGGUGAAAAGGAAUUUCGUCGUACGCCAAUGCAUCCUGAUAUGGAACACGUGGGUGAUAUAGACUGCGAGAGAGACAACGAACGAGAGCAACGUCCAAAUAACUCAGAAAGUCUACAAGAGCAAGAUAGAGUAGAGUACAAAUUGGGUCGAGAUUUUCGUAAUUUGAGUCAUAAUCCAACGAUGGUUCACUUGCAUACGGGUAUAGAGCACCUGAGUAACGCCGAAGUGGAGGUAAAACUGGCGAGAGACGUACGAGGUUCGCUGGGACUUGGACUGUCACUGGAACUGUGCGUGGUUUGCGGUGAUCGAGCAAGUGGGAGACAUUACGGAGCCAUAAGUUGCGAGGGAUGCAAGGGUUUCUUCAAGCGAAGCAUUCGGAAACAACUCGGUUACCAGUGCAGGGGUAGCAAGAGCUGCGAGGUCACGAAACACCAUAGAAAUCGCUGUCAAUAUUGCCGACUGCAAAAGUGUCUGGCAAUGGGAAUGCGCAGCGACUCUUGGGGCGUUGCAGCGGUCCAGCACGAGAGGAAACCGGUCUUGGGGGAAUCCGUUGGAGCCAACAAAAUGGGCAAUCGUGGAACCAAAGUUAAACCGGAACCCCAACAACCUACGACCGAACAUUCGCAACCUCCACCCACGUGGGAACAACCGGAGAGUCCCAGCAUCGAGGAACAGAGCAGUGACAGCGAUCUCAGCGAUGCUCUCACUCUUGCUCGGGAUCGACUCUUCAUAUCUCACGCACUCGAUAGCAUAGUUAAACUCAUCGGUGACAGUGUUAACGGAUCAGCCGAACCGGAAGAAGAAUGGACGGGACAACUGUUAUUCGAAAGGCACACGACUUUUGAGCUCCGAGCUCCCAGUCCAGCCCCCGCAUAUCUUUCGAUACAUUACAUUUGUGAGAGUGCUGCAAGAUUAUUGUUUCUCUCGGUUCAUUGGGCCAGAGGAAUACCCGCCUUUCAAGCUUUACCGUCCGAUGUACAAACGACUCUGGUGCGAAGCUCUUGGGGUCAGUUGUUCACCCUUGGUUUGGCGCAAUGCGCCUACACCCUCUCGUUGCCCAGUAUUCUAACGUCCAUUAUAAAUCAUUUGCAAGCGAGUAUCGCCCAAGAAAAAAUUACCGCCACUAAAGUCAAAUCGAUAACGGAACACAUAUGUCGAUUGCAAGACUGUGUCAGCUCGUUGCACAAACUUCAAGUUGACUCAAUGGAAUACGCUUAUUUGAAAGCUCUCACGCUUUUCAGUUCCGACAACGUAUUGGCUGACUCUUGGCGAAAAAAGGUCGAAGUAUUACAAGAGGCAGCGUGGAACGAGUUGCAGCAACGCGUCGGUUCGGAACGAUUACCACGAUUACUUCUGAGACUGGCGCCCCUACGAUCGAUAAAUCCUCGAGUAUUGGAGGAUCUUUUUUUCGCAGGCCUCAUCGGCAGGGUGAGCGUCGCAAGUGUCGUACCCUAUAUCCUCAGUAUGCAAGACUGCAAAGCUGAAACCGCCGAGAACCAAAUGGCCUGACGACGAACCCCGUCCUCUCUCCUAGUUUAUCGUUAGGCAAAAACAAACGACCGCCGCAUCUCUCUAUUUCUUUUUUAUUUGUUUUAAAUGCCUCUGUUUCCAAGCUGCGGAGAGAGUUGGAAAAUCGUUACUUAAAUUAAACUUAAUGUAUUACGAGUAUUUCGAUAUUUUAGACGGGCGUUUACUUAAUUCGAGCAAUUACGAUUUUAUGAUUUACCGCUGUUGUAUUCUUUCAUUAUUUUUUUUUUUCAUUGUUUUUAUACUUGAUCCGCUGUUUUGAAGUGAACAAGCGAAUUUUAGUAUAAACGAAAUGCUCGCGUGGUGCGAUACGACAAUAAUAGCGUGAUUCACGCUACACACGAAAAUUUCUCAAUUGCGCAAACGAAUACUUGUAUAUAUAAAUAUCGAUAUGGAGCAUUACCAGCUCAAUCAACGAUGUCAAUGACCUCUGGUGAAUUGCAAUCAACCCUUUUUCAACCGUAUCGUUCGAAUUCUCGAAGACUUGUAGCUGUAAGGGUUCUUUCAAAGUUCCUUUUCACUUAUUUUUUUCGGAAUUUGAAAUUAUUGGUAAAAAUUUUGAAAUUCAUCGAAAUUCCUGGACUUCGAUCAGUUUCAGAAUUUAUUACAAAAUUCGGAGAUACUUUUUACGACGAAAGAAUUAAAUGAUGGAAGAAAUUGUUGAGAAGUGGCGUCAUCGAAUCGUUGAUUCCGCUCGAAAUAUUAUUCCAUAUAUUCAAAUUCCCAAGGCUGAGAAAUUCGAGUCUCCGACCAAGAAUUCUCGAGCUGCUCAAUGUUAUCGUACAUUUUAUAUACCGACUAUGUAAUAGUGCGUUAUGCUGUACCUAGUUUACGUAUACACGCUAAUUUGCAUCUUCCACCGAUACCAAAGGGUGACCGAGCAAAAGUACGAGUAUAACGGACACGAGAUGAGCUCUAUUUUUCGAAAUAUAUGUAACGCGGAUUACGUUAAAUAUGGAUACAUAUAAAUAUUGAACGACGCUGAUUCAGCAUGUUGGACGUAGGAGAAAUAGUAAAAGAAAUUUUUACGCGAUAACGAGACGAGUUAAUGGAGUAUCGACAAUAUUAUAAGUAUUACAUGAAUAUGCAAUUUUUCAAAAACGUAUUGAAAAAAAAACCAACAGUAUCCGCGAUUUCUUGCUACUAGAACUGUUUCUUGUUUGUUUGGUUCAGUAAAUGUUCAGCAGUGAAGAUCAUUCUGAUGCCUGAUAUGUUACGAUUUUCAGAGAUGUGAAAACGUUUCUGUUUUGAUCGAUCUUCGACAGUGAUCAAAAUUCUAUUUUAUUUUGUUUCAUUUUUUUUUUUAAUUUUGUCUAAAUUACGAAAGUCCAUUAUAUGUGGAAGACACUAGAAACAAACCUGAUGAAUAUUGGGAAUUUGCUGUUGCGAGAAAUCUAAAAAAGUUUAUUUUUUCACCGAAUUUUUAUGAAAAUCUAUAGUUUGAAAUUUUUCGUACUCACUGAUAAUUGACUGGACCAAUCGAUAAUUUUGACUAAUGAAAUGUAUUUAAAAGAUUGUAUUUUUCAAACUCGCCACGUUUUCGGACACGUACGGAUAAAGAUAUAUUCGUAAAUCGUUACUCUCAUAUUGAGAAAUGUGAUCGUAUUGAGAACUGUACAGGUUGAAGAUCGAUGAUUGUUACAAAGUACGCCGAAAACACACGUUCUGCGAGAGACGAAUAUUGCAACUGAGUGGGGGCAAUAUUAUAUAUACAUAGAUAGUUGAGUAGGCAUUAUUCAUGGGUAAAUUGCAAUGUACAUAUAGAAAAACAAACCGAGUGCCUGUUUCAGAGAUUAUAAUAAAAAAAACUAUUUAUAUAUUUACGAUAAUACUUUUGUAAUUGAUGCUACACUAUAGAAAUGAUGAAACUUAAUAAAAUUUAAGGGUAAAAGUUGAA